UGCCCUUCGUGAAGAUGGCUUCGCGCGCGGGACCUCGAGCCACGGGAACCGAUGGCAGCGACUUCCGGCACCGGGAGCGCGUGGCCCAGCAUUACCAAAUGAGCGUCUCUCUCAAGUCUGAGAUUAAGAAGUUGAUCUACAUACAGGUGGCCCUGUGGCUGUUGGUGGCAGCACAGAUGUGCGUAGCUCACUUCAAACUUCUGCCCCAUGACAAGGUGGCCAUGCCUUACCAAUGGGAGUACCCCUACUUGCUCAGCAUCAUCCCUUCCCUCUUUGGCCUCUUCUCCUUUCCCCGAAACAACAUCAGCUACCUGGUGAUUUCCAUGAUCAGCACUGGCCUCUUCUCGGUGGCGCCUCUCAUCUACGGCAGCAUGGAGAUGUUCCCGAUGGCCCAGCAGCUCUACCGCCAUGGCAAAGCCUACCGUUUCAUCUUUGGUUUCUCUGCAGUCUCUGUCAUGUAUUUGUUGAUAGUGGUGGCGGUGCAGGUUCAUGGCUGGCAACUUUAUUACAGCAAAAAGCUCUUGGACUCCUGGUUUACCAGCACUCAGGAGAAGAAGAAGAAGUAAACAAGGGGUUGGGACUGCAUGCACCAACACUCGCUUGGAUGGAGGGGUGGGGAGGA